CCUCCACGUUUUCUAAAUUCAUUUGUGCCGUUCUUACACGAGGAGUGACAGAAGCUGCCAAUUAGGGAGCAGGUACAAACCUUUGGGUCACCCAUCACUGCCGUGUCAGCAAACUGACACAAAUGCCUUCUGGAGCCUGUGCAGAUGCGUUUAAAGCAGAUUUGGCACAAAGGAGAUGAAUUAAUGAGGCUAGACGAUGCAAGAGGAAUUCAACACGAUGAAGAAAGAGGACACCCAUUGCAAUAUGGAUGAUGUGCACCUCCUUCCCUAUCCCCAUUGCUUGGACCCUGCUCAGAAGUUGGACUUAUGUUCACCCCUCAAUGAAGAGUUCAGAACACAGCUUGCCCAGUUUGCAUAUGGCCCUCCCUCAGAGUUGACGAACUUCCAGGGCUCCUUUGAAGGGGGGUCUCGUAAGCGUAAAAGCAUGCCCACAAAAAUGCCUUCCGCCGUCCCGCCAGGAGAUCCCACGUCUCCACUGCACAGAUCUGAAGACGACGCCCCUGGAGGCGCUCCCAGCCUGCCUUUAAUAUUCCAGCCCCACCACACACAGCCAAAGUACAACGCUCACAUGAUUGACCUGUGCCACCUUGGCUUUCAGUUCUACAGAACCCUGGAACACUUUGGAGCGCACCCUGUCAAGGAAGAACCGAUACAGCCGAAUGUGCUGUGGCCUGGACCACCACCAUUCCUGCAGGCUCACUACCCGUACUAUCCCAAAGUUCACCCUACCCUGAUGUUCCCUUUUAUUAUGCCCCCUGAUUUUCAUUUCAGAAACCCUUUCCCACUGAAAAGGCCUCCGGAGCCACCUUUCAGGAGGGCUGAGCUAGGAGAACAAGCCGACAACAAGCAGAAGGUGGAAAGGGUGGAUGUGAACAUUCAGAUUGACGACAGCUACUACGUUGACGUCGGAGGGGAACAGAAGCGCUGGCAGUGCCCCAUGUGCGACAAGUCGUACACCUCCAAGUACAACUUGGUGACCCACAUUUUGGGCCACAGCGGCAUCAAGCCGCAUGCUUGCUCUCGCUGUGGCAAGCUUUUCAAGCAGCUGAGCCAUUUGCACACCCAUAUGCUGACCCACCAGGGCACCAGGCCUCAUAAGUGCCAAGUGUGCCACAAGGCCUUCACCCAAACCAGCCACCUGAAGAGGCACAUGAUGCAGCACAGUGACAUCAAACCGUACAGCUGCAGGAUCUGCGGGAGGGGCUUUGCCUACCCCAGUGAGUUGAAAGCCCACGAGGCCAAGCAUGAGAACGGCCGGGAGAACAUUUGCAUUGAGUGCGGCCUUGACUUCCCCACCUUGGCCCAGUUGAAGAGGCACCUAACCAGCCACCGAGGGCCAAUACAGUACAACUGCACAGAGUGUGAUAAGACAUUCCAGUACCCAAGCCAGCUGCAGAACCACAUGAUGAAGCACAAGGACAUCCGCCCGUACAUCUGUACCGAAUGUGGCAUGGAGUUUGUGCAACCCCAUCACCUCAAGCAGCACUCUUUGACUCAUAAGGGUGUGAAAGAACACAAGUGUGGGAUCUGCGGCCGGGAGUUCACGCUACUUGCCAAUAUGAAGAGACAUGUCUUAAUUCACACCAACAUCAGAGCCUACCAAUGCCACCUGUGCUUCAAGAGCUUUGUGCAGAAACAGACUCUCAAAGCCCACAUGAUUGUCCACUCAGAUGUCAAACCCUUCAAAUGUAAGCUGUGCGGAAAAGAAUUUAAUCGAAUGCAUAAUUUAAUGGGGCACAUGCACUUGCAUUCCGACAGCAAGCCAUUCAAAUGCCUCUACUGUCCCAGCAAAUUCACCUUGAAGGGGAACCUCACCAGACACAUGAAAGUCAAACAUGGAGUCAUGGAAAGAGGAUUUCGUUCUCAAGGACUUGGAAGGGAACGAAUGAGAACAUCACAAACUGAGUCCUCAAGAAGUCUGGAACAGGAAGAGCCCUUUGACCUUUCCCAAAAGAGUCAAGGGAAGGAGCUUUCAUUUCAUUCUGAUGGUGAGAGUGCCAAAGGAAGUUCAUGUCAUGAAGAAGAGGAAGACAACUGCUUUGGGUCAGAGCGGUACAGCCCAGGCAUGUACCACAGUGACAACAACAAGCCGUACAUUCUGCAUGAUCUUCCGAGUCAGUCGGAACAUGAGAUGAAAGACUUCAGAGAGUUAUACUUUGAUGGGAAAGAGAAAAGGCUGGAUGGAAAACAUGGAGAGAAGAAUGAAAACAAAGGGAAAGAAAGCCAUGAGGAGAGAGACUUUAUGAAUAACAAUGAGGAACACCUGAACUUUAGCCAUUUUGAAAAUAAUAGAAUCACUCAGUCUCUUUCUGACUACCUAUACUUUCAACACCGAAACAAGAGUUUAAAGGAACUGCUGGAAAGGAAAAUGGAAAACCAAGCUGUUUUUCUGGGUGUUUAAAUGGACACAUGUACCUUACCCUUGGGAAAGAAAGACUCAUCCAUGGUUUUCACUAACAUGAGCUGUAAUCUAACAAGGCUGGCAAAUGAUAAAGGGAGAAUAAGCCCAAAUUCACAGAAAUAAUGUCAGACCAUUUUCACCUGUCAUUCAACUGUUCUUUAAUUUUGUCUGUUUUUACAUACUGUCAUAGAUAUUAAUCUAAUCUAUAAACCUGUUUCUCCCCACAACAUUCUGGCAUGGUCUGCAUAUGUGGCAACAUGAAGUGAAAGGGUCUUAAGGCAGUAGAAUAGAUUGCAUAUGAGGGACCACAUUUUUGAAU